AGAUAAGAGGCGGUUAUACAAUAUCCUAUACCAACAAAAUCAAGAAUUUGGGAUAUUUUUUUACAAACGCUUUCAUUCUCAGAAGAAGAGUGAAAUCUUGAAAUGGGAGAAGUUGCGAUGAGCAGUGAAAAUGGAAUGGAAUUGCAAGCUCGAGAAGCGGAGAUGGAAAGAAACGGGAAUGGAAUCACAGCUGAAGAAGGCGGCGGCGGCGUGGAGGGGGGUUCUGAGAAAGUGAGGUGGGAGAGGUUCCUCCCAAAAAUGGUGGUGAGGGUGCUCUUGGUUGAGGCUGAUGAUUCCACUAGGCAGAUCAUUUCUGCACUUCUCAGGAAAUGCAGCUACAGAGUUGCUGCAGUUAAUGAUGGAUUAAAAGCUUGGGAGGUUCUGAAAGCAAGGCCCCAUAACAUAGAUCUUAUUUUGACUGAAGUCGAACUGCCAUCAGUCUCCGGAUACGCGCUUCUCACUUUGAUCAUGGAGCACGACGUCUGCAAAAACAUUCCAGUAAUAAUGAUGUCUUCACACGACUCGGUUAGCACAGUCUACAAAUGCAUGUUGAGAGGUGCGACCGACUUUCUUGUCAAGCCCAUCAGGAAAAACGAGCUCAGGAACUUGUGGCAGCAUGUCUGGAGGAAACAAGCUUCGAGCACUGCUGCUGGACCAGGACCUCCCGAUGAGAGUGUUGCUCAAGAGAAGGAUGAAGCCACCGCUGAGAACAAUGAUACGAGCAACCAUUCUAGUGGUUACAUGUCGUGUGUACAGAGAAACAAAGAGGGCAUCGAGAAAGGAAGCGAUGCUCAGAGUUCAUGUGCAAAACCGGGAUCGAAAGCUGAAGAAGAGGAAGACACUGAACUCGUUAAAAACCACCCCUCGAAACCAGAAAGCCCGAAGUGUCUUUCAGAUGGCAUUAGUACUCCCGGACAGGAAGAAUGCCAUCAACAAAAGAGUAAAAUCCGAGCACAUGAUAGUGAGACCGAAGGAUUGCAAGUGGCAGCCAAAUCAGACGCUGAUCAAGGAGCGACACGAGAAGACAAGAGCUGUGAUGAUAAUCAAGAACAGCCUGGAUAUAUUUUAAGAGAGGCCAUUGAUUUGAUUGGAACUUUUGAUAACAAUCACCUCAAAAAAGGCAGUCUUGCGACAUCUGCCUCAAUUUCUAAUGCAAACAAGUUCAACAUGUUGCCUAUGUUGGAUCUGUCUUUGAGAAGAUCUCAAGUAAAUGAUGAAAGUCAGAGGCUAAACCACUCUGAUGCUUCUGCUUUUUCGAGAUACGUGAACAAGCCGUUGCAGCUCAGUCCCAGCACUUACAAUCAACACAAGGACAUUGAGACGAGCUCGGAGAAACAAGCCGGUCCAACACAGAACUCACCCUCUACGCCUGCUGUCCAAACAGGAUGGCCUGAAUUCACAUUCUCCUACUCUAAAAGUCGAGACAUAUCUCACCCGGUUCCUGUUAGAGGCGUAGGAUUCGGAAACUUGAGCAGCCCUUAUGGUUCUACAACGCCCUCAUCGGGAUCUCCAUCACUGCCUGGUCAAGGUGCAACUACUCACCACUCAGAACCCUUCCCACAGCCAAAUCCUCUCUUUCAGUCGGACCAUCAGCCCUGGACUCCUCAGCAACUUCUCAGCCCUGCAGACCACAGGAACAGCAACUCCGUAGAUCAGACAGAAAACAAACAGGACGAGUUGGAGGAUCAUGGCCUCGUCUCACACGGAACGAAUCAGAGUGCUAAUAGCAGUUUCUGCAAUGGCAACAUUAGCCAUCAUCACAGUCAAGUUUCUGGAUGCAAUGGCACGAUCAACGCUCACGAAGACAGCUUCCACCAUCACGAUGGACCCUCUCACCGAGCAAUGCAGAGAGAGGCCGCCCUAACGAAGUUCCGCCAGAAAAGGAAAGAUAGAUGCUUUGAGAAGAAGGUGCGGUACGAAAGCAGGAAGAAGCUGGCUGAGCAGCGGCCGCGUGUAAAGGGACAGUUUGUCCGACAGCUGCCAAUGGAUCAACCUGAAAGCUCGUCGGCUGGUUAGCUACAUCAGGAGCAAGUUAUGGCAGUAACAAGUAGUGUGAUCAGUUAGAAUUUGGCAUCUCUUUAUUCUUUACUUUGAUGUAUGUAUUAAUGUAUGUAUUUAUUAUAGAGCUGAGAUACAACCUAACUAGUUGUAUAGUAGAAUGUAUUACAUUCUUCAUCAACUGCUUGUACAUGGUUUUUUUGUUUUUGCUUUUUUUGCCUCAGUUUUCUGUAGCAUUUUGAGGCAUUCUAUACAUUGAGAUAGAGAUUGGCUUA